CAGUGCGGUAGGUUCGGGGUAGAGAGGCGGGGAGUGCAGCGGGACUGGAGAGCUUCUUGUUGAAGCGUACGGGGUUUAACCUCCCGCCUCUUAUCAGCUGGAACUUCAGACCAGACAGGAGCCUCUGUUCGGUACAGAGAAGGAGUUUUCUUUUUUUGUUGAACCAGGGUUACUCCUCACUUUAUUUAGCCUACACUUAAGGGAUUCGCUUCGGAACCUCCGGUUCCCCCCGCUGCGCGUGUUCGCACUGAGGUUGCACGUCAGCGGACUAACAAAACACAAGAGGAGAUUACGGAGCCGUGCGUGUGAAUGGACUGAGGUUAUAAAGCACCAGGGGAGCAGUGCACGUCAAACCUACUCUGCAGCAUCAGUAAUACCUAUUUCACCGUGCAGCAGCAGCAGCAGCAGCAGUAUGCAGCGAGAGGAAUCCUUUCAGAUGCUUUCCCACUCCAGACAGUGAAGAAAGGGUUCGGAGGGGAGGAGGCAGUUGGCAUAUAUGGGAGAUUUGUUGGAUAUUAAUCACCCCGUCGUUGUAAACUUGUGUCCGGGAUGGGGAAGGAGCAAGAGCUGCUGGAAGCCGCCCGGACCGGGAAUGUCGCCCUGGUGGAGAAAUUGUUGAGUGGGAAGAAGGGGAUACUCGGGUCAGGCUCCGGCUCCAUCCCUCUGCCCAACCUACUGAGCAUGUGGAAGGGCCUGAAUGUCAACUGCACAGACAGCACAGGAUAUACACCUUUACAUCAUGCUUCACUUAAUGGACACAGGGAAGUUGUACUAAAGCUGCUCCAGUUUGAGGCGUCCACAAACGUGCCUGACAGCAAGGGUUGCUUCCCGCUGCACCUGGCCGCCUGGCGGGGAGACGUGGACAUCGUCCGCAUCCUUAUCCACCACGGACCCUCGCACUGCCGGGUCAACCAACAGAACCAUGAGAAGGAAACGGCGCUUCACUGUGCCGCCCAGUAUGGACACUCUGAGGUGGUUUCAGUGCUGCUUCAGGAGCUGACCGACCCCACCAUGAGAAACAGCCAACAGGAGACUCCUCUGGACCUGGCAGCGCUGUAUGGACGGCUGCAGGUGGUGCGCAUGUUGGUGAGCGCUCACCCCAACCUGAUGACCAGCCACACUCGCCGCCACACUCCGCUUCACCUGGCUGCACGCAACGGACACCACAGCGCCGUCAAGACCCUUCUCGAGGCCGGCAUGGACGUCAACUGUGUGACCGAGAAUGGCAGUGCCCUCCACGAAGCAGCUCUCUUUGGGAAAAUGGAUGUAGUUCGCCUUCUGCUCGACUCAGCGAUCGACACCAAUCUCAGAGACAGCCAGGGGAGAACAGCUCUGGAGAUCCUGGGAGAACAUCCUGCACAGAAAUCCCAGCAGAUCACUGCUGUCAUCCAAGAAUAUGUUAUGGACGAGAUGGAAAGGAGGAGUAUCGUGGAGGAGCCUGUUCGCAAGUGUCCGAUCCCUGCUCCUCGAACCUCUGUUCCCUCGCCCUCUGCCUCCCCCUCGCUCAGACACAAGAAUGAUGCUGUGACAAGCGAGCUGUCCAAACUGCUCCAUGAGAUCAAAAAGUGCCGGGACAGGGACUACUCCUUCGAGGAGCUCUGCCACACCAUCUCCUCCCACUCCAUGGACAGUUUUGGCAGCGGGCGGCUCUCUGACGAAGAACGCCCAGACCGACCCAAUGGCACCCUGACCCGAGUCAAGGAUUCAAAGUGUUCAGCAGAGAUUGUCACCUCGCCAUCUCUGGAUGUUUUCCUGCCAGAGGACGAGGACAACCCGUAUGAGUCCGUGACUACAGCCGUCACACGCAAACCCUGCUCCCUCGAUAUCAACCACCAGCUCAAUGCCUUUCCACGCAAUGGUCACUUGUCCCAUGUAACGGUGAGUGAGGGGGAGCACGGUAACCAUGGCAACUGCUCGACAGGCCCCACUCCAGACUGCUCCCCCCCCUCCCCCGACACAGCCCUGAAGAACAUUGAGAGAGUCAUCCGCCCACAGCCCAAGCAGCGCACCUCUCUGUCUUCGUCCCUGGACGUCCAGAGGCCGGUCAACCGCAGCUGUGAGCCCAGUGAGGUGAGCUCAUCCUUGGGCUACGCCAGCUUCAGCACCAGCCCCCCUGCCAGCCCCCCACUCAGCCCUAAUCAGGAGGACUCUGCAGGCUCCAACGACGACUGUCCACUCACAGACGACGGGCCGUACCAGCGUGACCCGUCUCCUCCUACUCCGCUCUGCUCUUCCUUCACAUCCAACGCUUUGUUGGAGGAGCGCAGAAAGAGCCACAUUCCAGAGGAGUUUGCAGGCCUGCUUCAUGGAUCUUCCCCAGCUUGUGAAACCCCUGAUACGCCUUACCAUCUCUACAGCCCCAAACCCCGAAAAUAUGCCUCUACGGAUGUCCAGAGCAGCUUGUUGCAGACCCCGGAGUUCAGCAUCGUAAUAGGAGGAGGACCCACUCAGAUCUUCCCCAGGACGGGGAGCGAGUCAUCACCUCAGAGGACCGCCAACGACCCCCAGAAGCCACAGGUGGUAUACCGGACUAUCUUCCACACUAGGGUCAACCAGGACCAGGCCCAAACCAGGAACUGUGAGCAAGCAGCUCAACCUUGUGGCUGGUCUUCACUGGGCCACCCACCCUCCAACUCCCCUGGUCAGAACGGGAAAGUUCCAGAGUUACGGGGGAUCCAGACAGGAGGUGUGCCCAAGGGCAGUUCAUUGGGUGCUGGCUACGAAGAGAGGGCUUGCACCCUGGGGAGGAUGAGGUCCAUGCCCCGCAGUGUUUUGGACUUGCAGUUGUCCAAGUCUCUGUCCAAAUCUGAUUCCAACCUAGUAGCUGUAUCUCCCAUACAGGAGGAGCACGGCUGGGGGUCUGGAUCUCGUGGCCAGGGGCCUGGAAGUCCCAGCCCCGGAGAGGGUGCCAGCCCAGGGGGAAGACUGGAGAGAACGCCCUCCUUCACUGCUGAGUGGGAAGAGAUCGACAAGAUUAUGAGCUCUAUUGGGGCAGGAAUAAGCAGUGGAUUGGACAUUAAGAAAGACACCUCAGGUCCCCGCUGCCCACUGCAGUCCGUGGGCCAGUGGCUUGACUCCAUCGGCCUGGUCCAGUAUGAGAACCACCUGCUGGCCAAUGGAUUUGACAACGUCCAGUUCAUGGGCAGCAAUGUGGUGGAAGACCAGGAUCUGCUGGAGAUUGGGAUCCUUAACUCGGCCCACAGACAACGCCUCCUGCAGGCCAUACGGCUGCUGCCCAGGGUGCGACCUGUCGGUUACGAUGGCAACAACCCCACGUCAGUGGCAGAGUGGCUGGAGUCAUUGGAGCUCGGUGACUACACCAAGUCUUUCCUCGUCAAUGGUUACACCUCCAUGGAGCUGGUCAAGAAGAUCUGGGAGAUCGAGCUCAUCAAUGUAUUGAAGAUCGGUCUUAUCGGACACAGAAAGCGGAUCCUUGCCUCAUUGGGGGACCGGCUACACGAAGAAACCCCACAAAAACCUCCGCGGGCCAUCUCCCUCAGGGAGCCCGGUGGGAACCACACUCCUCCCCAGCUCAGUCCGUCGGUGGGCCAGGCAGCGUACACAGCGGGGGUCCCGGGCGGAUCUCUGGACGUGCAGCACCUCAUCAUGCAGGCGGACGCCCGGCGCAGGCAGCGCAGCAAUGACAACUACUUCGAGGACGUGCCGCGAUCCAAGCUGGAGCGACAGAUGGCACAAGUCAGCAUGGCAGGCGAGUGGUGCGAGCCGAUCACGUUGCGUCCGCCCAACGAGGCCACCUCGUCCACUCCGGUGCAGUACUGGCAGCAUCACCCCGAGAAGCUCAUCUUUCAGUCCUGUGACUACGAAGCCUACUACCUGGGCUCCAUGCUGGUGAAGGAGCUGAGAGGGACGGAGUCCACACAAGAUGCUUGUGCCAAAAUGAGGAAGUCGACAGAACAGAUGAAGAAAGUGCCGACCAUUGUGCUCUCAGUGUCCUACAAAGGAGUUAAGUUCAUUGACGCCACAAAUAAGAACAUCAUAGCAGAACAUGAGAUUCGUAACAUCUCGUGUGCGGCGCAGGAUCCAGAGGAUCUGUCUACGUUUGCCUACAUCACCAAAGACCUCAAGUCCAGUCACCACUACUGCCACGUCUUCACUGCUUUUGAUGUGAACCUGGCGUAUGAGAUCAUUCUGACACUCGGCCAGGCCUUCGAGGUGGCCUACCAGCUGGCCCUGCAGGCCAGAAAGAGCGGCCACGGAUCAUCCACACUGCCUGAGAGCUUUGACAGCAAGCCCAGCAAACCUGUCCCCAAACCUCGAGUCAACAUCCGCAAAUCUAUGGAGCAGCCGUCCAUGGACCAGAAGGGCCACGCCAACGUGCCAUGGAUUGUGGAGCCGGGUCAGGAGGCCAAGAGAGGAGUCAACACCAAGGCAAUGCCGGACGCUCAUGUCUAUUACUGUGGAAUGCAAAGAAUGUAGCCAGCCCUAAACACGGACCUUGUCACACACACAAUGCAAAAUGGACUACAAAAGGACUACAAACAUGGAUGCUACUCCACAGUGUUUAAGGUUGACUACCAAAUUUUAACAUCAUUCAUCCAUAUGAUACUUGACACAGUAAACAUGACAAACAUACACACUAACAGGACUGCAUCUUGACAGAUGACUGUCUGCUCUGAAUGUACACUUAUUUGAAAGCAGCCUCAAGUUUCUGCAACUACAGCAGGAGCUGUGUAAUGCGCCCAACUGGGACGUGUGACCUGUGAACUUUUGGAUGGUCACCGUUUCUCCAUGGAGACUGAGUAUGGUUACAGGGCAUCUGUUGGUAACAGACAAUGGACUCGCUAAAGACACCACUGGGCAUGUGUCAGUUUUGGCACGGGUUUAAGGACGUUUGGCUGGCUCUUUCUUUUUCUUCUUCUUUGAACUCAGAAAAUAAUACCGAGAUAUAUGCACAAGCGUGUAAAUGUGAUUGGACUAGCUGCAACACGCUGGAGAUGCAACAUGUGUGUCCUGGUGAGAUGUCUCAUAACGGAUGAACCUACAGUAUGUGAACAAAACAGCAUCUGGCGUUAAAAAAAAAUAAAAAAAUAAGUAUUCUAUUCGUAUUGCCCGACAUUUUAAUGUUUAAUAUGAGAGUAUUAUAUUACCAUGAUGAUUAUGAUUAUUCUUGUGCAAUUCUUGUCUACUGUUGUCUUAAUGUUACAUUAUUUUUCUAUGAUAUGAGAUGAAAACAUUAGGCUUGAAAAUGAUGGCCAUCCUUUAAAAAAUCAAAACUAUAUGAUCAUACUUGUACAAAGAGAGUGAAUGUUGCAGGUGGCUAGCUAACUCUUGUCAGGUCAACCCUCCAUCAUUUCUCAUGGGGCUCUACUCUUAUCUAGCAGAUGUACUAUUUUAAACGCAGUAUUACUGUAUUAUUUGGAUGAGACGUUAUCCAAUUAUAAAAUGUACAUAGAUAUUUUGCCAACUCAUUGUUCAUACAUGUAAUGUAAAAGAGAAAAAGGAUUUGAAGUAAAGUAUGUGGCACUGGAAAGAAGGUACCAAAAUAAAAGUUGGAAAUUAAAAGAAACCGGUAGAUUGUAUAGAUUGUAUUUUGAAUGAAAACUGAAAUGGGUUAUUUGGUUACAUCUCUGCUGACCAACUUAUGUACAUAGGCUUGGGCUUCCAGCACACAGAUUUUUGUAAUUUUGGCCAUUAUUUAUAUCCUUGUAAAGCACAUGGAAUAAAACAUGAAUUGUUAAAACCAUUA